CCUAGCCCGAGGUCUGAAGAGGCGUCCCAGAUGGGUAUCCUAGAGAGCCUCGAGGUUCCUGUCACAUACAGUGGUAUCAUGUAGGUCUCUCGUCCUGAGCACCAUCCUUUAGCCUAGCCACGCAUUCGCACCCAGGGCCUGCCCAGCCUCACUAUGAGUCACGGCCCCAGCCCAAGGCUGGCCGAGUCCCCGCAGCUAUCCAAGAGCAGCCUGCUUACCAUCCUGGGCAGCCCGUCCCCAGAGCGCAUGGGUCCGGUGGACUCGCUGCCACCCACGCCGCCCAGCGGCACACCGUCGCCAGGGCCACCACCUACCCUACCCCUGCCCGCACCCGCGCUCCUUGCUGAUGGCGACUGGGAGAGCCGGGAGGAGCUGCGGCUUCGAGAGCUGGAGGAGGCUAGAGCGCGAGCCGCGCAGAUGGAGAAAACGAUGCGCUGGUGGUCGGACUGCACAGCGAACUGGCGGGAGAAGUGGAGCAAGGUGCGCGCCGAGCGCAACCGUGCAAGGGAAGAGGUGCGCCAGCUGCGCCAGCGCCUGGACACACUCACCAAGGAGUUGGCGGGUGCGCGCCGCGAGCGCCAGGAGGCUCAGGGCGAGUGCGAGGCCCGCGGCCGCGAGCUGGCCCGACUGCGGGGAGCACGCAGUUCAGUGGACAAGACACAGGACGGCCCGGAACCUGAACGCGAUCAUGAGCCGGUGCGCGACAUCGGGGCGGAGAGGCCGCCUGGGAGCCAGGAGCUGGACCUGGUAGAGAGUCUGCUGAAGAACAGACCAGAGGAGCCAGAGGGCUGCUGGGAUACCUGCAGCGUGGCAGCCGGGGGCCCUCGGGUCAGCUCCAGCCGCCAGGAUCGCAGCCGCCUUAACUGGGAGGACACAGCCAGUACAGAGGACGAGGCCUCCAAGUUGACUGCCCUGCGGCUACGCCUAGAUGAGUCCCAGAAGGUUCUGCUCAAAGAGCGAGAGGAUAAGCUGGCUCUGAGCAGGAACAUCGAGAAACUUGAAGGGGAGCUUAGCCAGUGGAAGAUCAAAUACGAGGAGCUGAGCAAGACCAAGCAGGAGAUGCUCAAGCAACUCAGCCUCCUAAAGGAGACGCACCAGGAUGAGUUGGGCCGCAUGUCUGAAGACCUGGAGGACGAGCUGGGAGCACGCUCUAGCAUGGAUCGCAAGAUGGCUGAACUGAGGGGUGAGAUGGAAAGGCUCCAGGCAGAGAAUGCAGCUGAGUGGGGCCGCAGAGAGCGGCUGGAGACAGAGAAGCUAGGCCUGGAGCGAGAGAACAAGAAGCUGCGCGCACAGGUUGGCGACCUGGAGGAGGCCCUGGCGCGCCGGCGGCGGCAGAAUGCCAGUGCCCUGGACUGCGACCUGAGGGCCAGCCAGGCCGCUCUCUUUGAGAAGAACAAGGAGCUGGCAGAUCUGAAGCACGUACAUUGCAAGCUCAAGAAACAGUCCCAGGAGAAAGUGGCAGAGCUGGCACACGCCAACCGGCGCGUGGAGCAGCACGAGGCAGAGGUAAAGAAGCUGCGGCUGCGGGUGGAAGAGCUUAAGAAAGAGCUGGCCCAAGCCGAGGAUGAGCUGGAUGAGGCCCACAACCAGGCACGGAAGCUGCAGCGGUCGCUGGAUGAGCAGACAGAGCAGAGUGAGAACCUCCAGGUGCAGCUGGAACACCUGCAGUCCAGGCUCCGCAGGCAGCAGCAAAAUGCCCCCCUUUUUGGGAAGAUUCGUAGUACCCGAUUUGGUGCCGAGGAAGCCGGAGAUGGAGCCAGCGACCUAGAUGAGGAUGAGGACCUGCAAAUCCAGGUGGCCUAGAACAUCCAGGGUGGAACAGGACUGACCCAAAGCCAAGGAUGCCCAGCUGCGCAUCAAACAAUGCAGCUGUUCUUGCUCUCUGCACUCGCUUGGGUUCCAUCCUCCUGCUUCAGACCAUGUCCCUCUCUCCCAGGAAGGCAGCGAUUUCGCCUACUCACACCCCAGUGAGCGGAGAGCCUGUUGGAUAUGUAUAUUGUAUAUAUGCCCAGGGUUACUUGGACCCAUUCAAUUUUAUAAACACAGCAGCUCUUAAGACUCCACCUGCAUGCAUAGGACUUCAUGCAAGGAUGGGACGAACUGAGGGAGGCUUGGUGGUAUGGCAUGGGGUGUUCAUAAUAAGAUACCGUGAAUUUUGUAAUAAAUGGAGUUCAAGCUCUCAGGGCAGAGUCCUGAAAG